CUUUUGGUAAAUCAGUACAGUGGCACCUACGUAGCUGUCAAGAAAGUCAUCUCAAAGCCCAAAGCAAGGGGACUGGCAAUACAUCAUUGUCUUUAACGUAGGCAACAACCCAUCCUGAGUUUUUUCAUUUGUUAUUGGUGUUAAUGAUAAUGGGAACUUAUUCUGGAGUUAUCCUGGUUUUGUUCUCAAUCUGGAUUAUGAAAUUCCUAGCUCAAGGCUCUUUCAAUGUGAAAGAUCUCACCAUUCAGGAGUGCAGGACUGCAGGCAUAACCCUAAUUUCUCAUCCAAACAAACUGAAUUUCUCAGAAGCAGAAAGUGCAUGUAGACAGCUGGGGUUACAGCUGGCAAGCAAAACCCAGGUUGAGAAGGCCUGGAAUCAUGGCUUUGAAACAUGCAGCUUUGGAUGGGUGGCAGAUAAAUGGCUUGUCAUUUCUCGGGUUAUCCCAAAUCCAAAAUGUGGUCAGAACAAAACUGGAGUAGCAGAUUGGAAAGUCUCUCUCUACCGCAGAUAUCAUGGUUUCUGCUUCAAUUCUUCAGAUAUUUGGAUUGAUUCAUGCAUACCAGAAACAGGUACAACCCUGUUAUCUGCAACAGAUCCAGAAGUAAACUCAUCUUCAACAGCUUCAUCUCAGGGCAUCACAGAGAUGCCUACUGCUACUGAGUCACCAAAACCCCAAAUACCUCGGAAGACCUUUCGCAUAAAAUGUGUAACGGAAACCAUUUUACCAACAGUACAGACUAUUUUGGAAAGUGAAGAGGAGAUGGCAGUGCCUAAUGGAAACCAAGCUGCCUUUACAAAUGAUAGUGUUGUAUUUGGAGGUGUACCCAUUGCACUCCUGGUACUGGCACUCAUCUUCUUUAUGGCAUCAGCUGUUCUUGCAGUCUGCUAUAUCAGAAAGUACAAGAGAACCUGCCCAUUUUCAAACAAGAAGCCCCAAAAAGAAAGGAUUGAAGCCAAAGUCAUCAAAGACGCUAAGUCAAUUGACAAUGCUCCUGAGAAGGAAUCAAAGAAUAAUGAGAAAAAAGCAGAAGAGCCUCAAACCAAGCCGGAGGCCACAGUAAAAUGUGUGGAAGCAGAAGUUUGAAAGGAUAAAUAUAACAGCAAGUUUUACAGAUUUAAAAUGAAGAAUGCAGAAUUAGCAAAACAUUUAUAAAUUGUUUGUUUCCCCAUCUUAAAAAGGGGAUAAUGAUACCUACCUAUCUCUGUAAAGUGCUUUGAGAGCUACUGAUGAAAAAACACUUUAUAAGAGCUAGGGUAUUAUAUUACUGUAAAUACUGGCAAGGUGAAUGCAUAUUUCUUAGUUCAAAUGUUUGUACAGUCAGCAUUCUAUGACUAUUAAUUACACUUCCUCUUCGGUAUAAAAUGUUCUUUUGCAGAAACAUGGUAUCUUAUUCAUAUUAAUAUUAAAAAUAAAAUAAAACAACCAUCUCACAACUCAACAUUUUCCAUUUUAACAAGAAGUAACUAAGUCUAAGAAUGCCUUGUUGAUUGAGAUACAGUGUAUAAUUGUUUGCAUAAAAUUCAGAUCAACACAUCUAAAAUAAAAUGUAUGUUUCUUUCUA